GAACAUACCAGAGGAGUUGGCCGAAUUGGCGCCAAUACCCUCGUCGUCUUCUUCCUCUUCGGACUCUCAGUCAAUGCCAUCACCGACUGCAGUGGCAAAUGCUAUGCAAGCUGUGGCCAGAACUUUUUCAUCCGAAAGACCGAUGCUACAUCGAAGCAGCAACAAGCCCGUGAUGAAAUCGAUUCUCAAGAAGCCGGCUACUGACGACCGAGGGCAGUACAGCCAACGCUUGAGUCUUACCAUGGCAAGCCUGUCAUCUCAAGACGAUCUGAAUUUCUUUUCCGAAGAAGAUCGAAGAGAUAAGAAGACCUGCACUAUUGUAGACGACCAGGAGGAGCUCCGUGCCGAACGUGAGGCCCAGAAGAUCUUGGAGGCCAGAGCCCAUGAAAUGGAACUGCGGGUGCAGAGACGAAACCAGCUGAUGCUGCGCAUUGUGAUGAUGCCUGUCCGAGCAGUUACCUACAUUGGCUCAUGCUUCCUCGCCUCGCCGAUGGCGCGACAGCUGUGGCUUUAUGCUACGCUUCUGGUGUGUCUCUUCGAGUUGUGGAGUUGUGCGCUGUUCUGGGCUUUCUCGCGAGAUCCGACCAAGCUUUAUGUGUUGGAGAUGCUUCUCCACUUGGAUCACUGGGCGAAUGCAUGGUUCCUGGUGGAUGCCUUGCUGCAAGCAUUGGACAAGAUACGAGGUGGCGAAGUUCAAGAGCCUAGCGAUGGCAAUUCGAUUAUGAGAAAGGUGGAUCGACAGCAGCAGCUGACGCAGAAAGCAAGGACUUUGUUUACACGACUGCCGGGAUUCUCAUCCUGCAGCUCUGAGUUCUUGCUUAAGAUCGUCGACGUCGGAUCUGUGGUCUCCAAGAAGAAGGGGGAGGUGCUCUACACCGAACACGAUGACAACACGAGCUUGUUCUUGAUCCUGGAGGGAGAAGUGAUCUUCCGCGACGGUAGCCGUGUGACGUACAUUCGUGAGGGCGGGACUCUUGGCGAGUUCAAGGUCUUCGACCUCGAGCAGGCCAACACCGAACAGCGAGUGGAGGUCGUCACGGACUGCGAGGUGUUCGAACUCCCGGAGGCGGCGAUGAAGAGGUUCUUGGAGUACUCUCCCGCGGACAGAAGCAUCCUGACAGAGUUCUACAAGGCCAAGCUCCAAGAGCUGGAGACUGAUGAUGUGCGCAGUUGCAGGAGAUCGACUGUAAAGCUGUUCCGGUCCAUCGCCAAGUUCUUCACAAGUGGCGUGCAGAAAGCAAGGUCCAUUUGGCUCCAAGCCGUCUUCGCUGUAUUGCUCAUCGUCGUUGGAAGCUUCGCGCAUGGAAUGAUCCUCUUGCGGCUACAAGAAAUGGAGGUGGAGGCGAACAAGGACUGCUUCACACAUGACACGGAACAGCUUUGGAUCUCCAGUUACUGCAAUGAAGCACGACACCACGACAGCGCAUUUGCAGCACUCUCAUUUGGGUGA